AUGAAAGCUGGAUUACCAAAACGAAAAAAAGAAACUCAUACAGAAGCAAGUCCAUGUGACGAGAAAGAUAUACCGAUCAUAGAGGGAACAUACAACAUUCUUCAUCCUCAAUAUAUUUCAACAGAUUUGGAAUCUUUUUUCAAGAUUCCUUUAGAAAAUCAAAUAGAAGAUAUUCUAGAAAAGGUACCUAUAGGCUUGUCAGUAGUGUUAUGUCGUAGGCAUCCAGAAUUACUCAUUUAUUUUCUUAAAUUUUUCAAUCAUUCACCAAAAGCAAGGAGCAAUCCAAAAUCAUAUCUCCCAUUUAUAUGCCAAUGGGCGAAUAAAAUACCAAUCCAGUGGAUUCUUCUUCAUACUCACAAAAUUCUCGAUGUUCGUUAUGCUUAUUUAUUAGUUUCAGCUACAUUUACAACGCAUUCAACAUUUUCAUCAGAUGAAUACUCACAUUCUGCAUACCUAAAUGAGAUAUGGCAACAAUACAGAAAAUUAGUUCCAACAACUCCGGAUCAAACACCACAAGAAGCAUGGGAUCAGCUUACAACUUUACGUUCAUCAAUAGUAGAACUGAAAGAUCUGAAACUUACAGUUCCAAUUCCUUUAUCUGAAUAUAUUAGAUACGAUAAAUUCGGAUUCAUUACUAAUUUGAUGCAUUCAUGUACGUCACCAACAAAACUAAUCCAAUUCAUACGUGCGCAUGCUAUUUCUUUCUGUCAAUCAAACAAUUUAAGUCUUGAUGAUGUAAUAAUUGAAUCAGUUGUUAGAAGAGAUUGGGAUGUUACAAAGAAACUAGGAGUUUUAACUAAUUACGUACAAGAUCAGACCAAAUUAUCAUCCGCUCUUGAAAAAAUGACAUUUCAAAAUGAUAAUGAAUUGAAAGAAAUCAAAGAAUUUGCAAAACAAAGUAACAUCUCAUUUACAACUAGUCCAAACAAUUAUAUCAGAUCUAGGAUCUCUCCAAGACCUAAACUCUUCAGAUCCAAUUCAAACGAAGACUUUUCUCAAGGAGAUUCUAUUGGAAGUCCACUCAAACGUUGUCCAUCAUCGGAUACAAUUACAAUAAAAAAUGUAAUUUACUACGGAUCUCUUAAACAACUAACAAACGGACAACCAAUGAAUCCUAAUGAAUAUUCAGAGAAACUAAGUCAAUUUAAAGAUAUGGCUGAAGUUAAACCAAUAUACCAAUUGGCGAAAGAAUACAAACAAGUCAUAAGUUAUGAAGAUUUUCAAUCAAAUGAAUUCAAGAAAAAUUUAUUCAUUAAAUUGGCAGAAUCAUCAGGUUUUUCAUCAUUAAAUAAUUUGAUUGAAAUAUUUAGUUUCGAUAAAGAAACAGUUAUUGACAUUAUUUGGUCAACAGAUAUAUUUAAGAAGCAUGCGAAAGAAGUUAUUCCACAAAUUUUAAUUUAUUUAACAAAUUUGAAUUGGGAAUUAUGUCUACAAUAUCUUUGUGAUUCUUCUUCUUUUCUUCAAAUGAAUGAUACAAUUAAUUUAUGGCUUCAAAUACUAGAAAAAUCAAUUAGAUUCGCAACAGGAGAGAAAAUCAUUGAAAUAACUAAUAGUAUUUCUGUAUUAAAAGGAUUACUUAAUAUUCCAGAAAAGAAUUGCAAUGCAAUAUUGAAUUUAAUUAAAGAUCACACUGAUUUCGAAAAUGUUAAGAAUUAUCUUGUUGAUAAUGAAUUCCAAAAAUAUUUUGAUUUAAUAUUAUUUAAAGAUCCAAUUCAAAAUCAACAAAUCAAAGAAGGAUUUAUUACAGGAAUUCCUGAAAAAUUAUGUCUUUCUAUUCAAUCUUUAUCUUUAAUGAACUCAAAAGAUGUUUCAGAAUUAUUAAUUCCUUUAUUAGAUAAUAUUGAUGGACAUAAUCAUGUUAUUUUGUCACUUAUUUAUCAUAUUUUGUAUCUUAAUCAUUUAACAUAUGAGAAACAAGAAUCAAUUCUUUCACUUUUGAUUGAAAAUGACAUGAAUACUGUUGAUUUCCAUAAAUUGAUGAAAUCACCAUUAGAAACGAUUAACGAUUGUGUUUGUUACAACACAAUUAAUGAAUAUAUUGCAUUAGGAAGUGUUUUAUGUGUUAAAACAGAUUCAAUCAUUUUAAAUGUUAUGAUUCAUAAGAUGAAAUCAGCAAAUUUCAAUGAUUACAUGUGUUUGAUCUCAUUAUUAACAUCAAAGAGCAGCAAGGAUAUCAUGUUAAAAGAACUUUCACCACAAUUUAAAUUUAACAAUUUGAUUUCUUUUUACAAAUCUAUUGGUGAACUUCAAAAAGUGAAUGAAAUUAAAAUCAAAGAGAUAUUAUCACAUAAAGAAUUCCAAGAUCAAGCAAAAGAAUCUCAUAUGAAUGAUCCUUCUCGCAUUAUUUGUGAAUUAUAUUCAAGCACGAAAUUACAAGAGAAACUUGGAAAACAACUUCAUGAAAUAAUGAAAGAUUUAGCACAAUCUAAUAAUCUUUCUAUUUCUAAGAUCAGAGAACAUUUAGUUAAUUUGUGGCUUACAGAAAACAAACCUUCAUCAAUUGUUCCUUCUGAAUCAAUAUUCAGCGAAACAGCUUAUGAACAUGAAAUACAUGAUGACCAAAUUAAUGUUCAGCGCUCAUUAUUUAUUCUGAGACAAUGGAAGAUUAAAACAGCAGUAAAAUGGCUUCUUCUUUUCAUUUAUCAGAAUAAGUCAUAUAGAAGUCGUGCAAAAGCAUUACAAUGUUUAUUUGUUUUAGCUGAUGAAAAAACUAUUGAAUCGAAUUAUACACGAGAUUUCGAAGAGCUUUUAAUUAAACAAAGAACAGUUUAUAUUAGCCGUAUUCUUGAAGUUUUCGGAAUUAAUGCAUCCGAUGAUAUGUUUAAUGAAGGAAACAUUAGGAAUACUGUUGAUGAUCUUUCAAUGAAGAUAAAUGAAAAUAAUGGAUCAGCAUUAGCAUUGAUGGAAAUUAUGAAGUUUUAUCGAAUUGAAGAUGAAAAACUUGCAAUCAAAGUUCUUGAAUCAGUUUAUCAAUUCAACAAAUUAUUUUUACUUCAAAACAUCAAUGAAUUCAUGAAUGACAAAAUAUAUAUAAAGAAUAAAAACAUUAGACAGAUAUUCAUCAAAGCAUUAUCAUAUGGAUUCUCAGAAAUGGUGAAUAAAGACACAACAGUCACUCCUUUCAAAGCAAGACAUUUCACAGUAUUUAGAGAUAUUCUUGAUGCAGCUUCUCUUUCGACAAUUCAACUUGAUAAAUUAUAUAUCAAUGAUGUUUUCAUUCCAAUAAGCGAGGCAAUCACGAAACUUGCAGAUUCAGGAUGGCCAAAACAGAUUUGUGAGUUCUGUAGCCAUCUUGGUGAUGUCAAAAUUAGAGAUUUGACUAUCCAAAUUUUAAUUGAAAAGUGUCAUUUCGAUAUUCCAUUUAUUUAUGGUUUUGAUGAAUCUAAGAUCUGUUCAUCGAUAUAUGAUAAAUCAUUCGUUGUUGAAGCAACAAAAACAAUGAUUGAUUCGAGUUUCAUUACAUUUACUCGAUGGAUGCAUGAUAAUGGGCAUUCAUCAGGAAUCGAAACAAUCAUUGAAACUUUGAAAGAACAAGGAAGAAUACAAGAGAUCAAUAGGAUGAAAACAAGACUUGGUCUUCCUCAAUAA